UUCUCCUAGCAGAUGCUACCAACGCAUUUAACUCACUGAACCGCAAAGUUGCCCUCCACAACAUACGCAGACUCUGCCCGGCACUGGCCACCAUCCUCAUCAACACCUACAGAGAGCCCACAGAUCUUUACGUUGAUGGAGACCGCCUACUCUCCCAAGAAGGCACCACACAAGGUGACCCCCUUGCCAUGCCCAUGUAUGCUCUGGCCAGCAUUCCCCUCAUCACAAAACUCUCUAACACUAACAUCACCCAAAUUUGGUAUGCGGACGAUGCUGCAGCUGCGGGACACCUUAACCAAAGAAGGCCCAGCCUUUGGAUACUACCCGAACCCCCUAAAGACAUGGUUGGUUACUAAGGAGGGAUUCCACACCAUUGGGUCCACUACCUUCCACCAGACUGGUGUGAACGUCACUCCGGAUGGAAGACCCUACCUAGGAUCACCCAUUGGCUCCCCAGGGUACAUGGAGUCCUUUGCUGAGUCUAAAGUUGCCAGCUGGUCUGCACUCGUGACUAACCUUGCAGACAUUGCCAACACCCAGCCACACGCCGCCUACUCUGCAUUAAACCAUGGAUUAUCAAGCAAAUGGACCUAUAUGUGUCGCACAACACCAAGCAGGAUCAUGAGUCAAAGACUGGCACCGCUGGACGAAGCUCUGCGUAAGAAACUAAUUCCUUCCCUCACAGGUACUCCUCCACCAAACGACACUGAAUAUACACUCUUUGCCCUUCCAGCAAGGGAAGGUGGACUAGGUAUCCGUAUACCAUCCAAACAGGCUACUCAUGAAUACAAUGCCUCCCUAUUCGUCACAUCUGCCCUCUGUAAUCACAUCAUCAAACAAGACACACACUAUGGGCAGGAGAUCAUCUCGGAGUCACUAAUGGCCAAAUCUACCGUAGGCCAACAAAACAGAGAUAGAACCAAGAACGACAUCAACACACUGACGCCACUACUCUCUACCAACAUGCAAAGAUCUGUCAAUCUGUCUAAGGAGAAGGGUGCAUCGUCAUGGCUAACCACCCUACCGCUCAAAACCCAUGGUUUCACCCUCCACAAACAAGCCUUUAGAGACGCCCUAUCUCUGCGUUAUGGUUGGACUCCAAACAAGCUACCCUCGAAAUGUGCCUGUGGUUCUUCCUUCACAGUAGAACACGUUCUCUCUUGUGCGAAGGGAGGGUUUCCGUCCAUUCGGCAUAAUGAGAUCAGAGACUUGACUGCAGAUCUUCUUAGUGAGGUCUGCAACAACGUGUGCACAGAACCAGAACUGUUACCGGUUACAGGGGAGAACCUGGCAGGAGCAAGUGCCAAUAUACAACCGGGUGCACGCCUAGACAUUGCAGCCAAUGGAGUAUGGGGUGGCUCCUUUGAAAGAACUUAUUUUGAUGUCAGGGUAUUUAACCCACACGCUGCAUCCAACAGACACACCGACCCUCAAACAGUCUACCGCAAGCACGAGCAAAUAAAGAAAAGGGCCUAUGAACAAAGAAUUCUAGACAUCGAACAGGCAUCCUUUUCCCCAUUAGUCCUCUCUGCAACAGGAGGCUUAGCUCGUGAAGCAACCACCUUCUACAAGAGACUCGCUUCGAUGUUAGCAUCUAAAUGGGACCAAUCAUACAGCAGCACACUAUGCUGGCUCCGUUGCCGACUAACCUUUUCCCUCCUUCGCUCAUCGAUCCAAGCCAUCAGAGGGUCCAGAUCGUCAAGUGGACACCCCUUUAGAUCUGGGGCCAUCGACCUGGUGAUCUCGGAGACCCACCUCCACCAAUAAACUGAACCUUUGUAUGCACCCUUAAUCCUCUUUAUUUUCUGUACCCUCCACCUUUCAUUGUGUCUACUUAGAAGCCCAUUCCCCUGUAUACACUACCUUACAUGCUAUUAUUUUACCACUAAAAAAAAAAAAAAAAAAAAAAAAAAGAUUCCAGGCCGAAUAAAGUACGGCCUGCAGCCUACCGCAUAGCGGGUAUAUUUCAAGGGUAUAGAUUUUCGCGGAUAGACCUCCACAAAGGAUUUCGCGGAUUUUAUUUUCGUGGUGUCUGAUCCAGCCUUUUGGCGCAUGCGCAUAUCAACAUGCAGCUGCACCUCCACACCGUUAGCCUCGAAUCCAGGCCUAGCCUUGAAUCGGUGAGGCACUAUGUCCUCCACCUCUAGCAGAACGUUUGCUGUGCAGGCCAUGGUCAGGGGAUACUAGCUGGUGUCCUUGUCUCUAGAUUCCUUUUCUUUCCUCUUAUUGUCGAUAGGUGUGGUCAAUAAUACCAUAGAUUGAAGAUUGGAAACGACCAGGCCACCCCUCUGAGGCCACCCGGUGUCAAUGGGUGAAACCAUAAAUAGAACAGUAAGAGGGAUAGAACAGUAAGAGGGAUCCUGUGUAACACUCCGCGUUAUAAUUAUUUCGCGCUUGCAAAUAUUUUCGUGGUUGAUGGUGUAUUUUAACUGUUUCUAGCUCACUAGCGAUCACUCAGAAGCUGGGAGGUACUCUAGAGAAGUAAGUUUAUACCACUGACAAGCGUUGUCUUUACUCUGUUUCCAAUUUUUGUUGAGUUAAGCUUGAAUUACUCUAUGUCAACUUUUCUCUUUCCCUGCUGUGGAGUUGCUUGACUUGGUUAUUAUGUAUCUAAGUGCUACAUAGAAUGGCUUGCAGUAUAGUCCUUCAAACUGCUUUAGUAUACUUUUAGUAUACUUUUAGACACACCAUGGGCCUUGACCACUCACGACUUCAUAGUAAGGCUUCUUUUAUAGCAUUUAUUUGUUUAGUGAUAGUGGCUGAGUGUCUCUUAGAAAAAUCAACAUUAAAAGUGAUCACUUUCACUGUUUCUAGAGCAGCAUGCUGACUAUAAAAAUAAGUUUUAGCCACACCAUGUAAGUUUUUAUGUGUGUGUUUUUAUGUGUUUCACGCAAACAUUUUCGUUUCCAAUCCCGUUCUAUCUAUGGUGAAACCCUCCGCGUUAUGAUUUCGCGCUCGCGAAUAUUUUACCGUACUCAGGUUGUAUUUCAACUGUUUCUAGCUCUCCUAUCCACUAUCAUAGAUGGAGGAGUUAGAGGGAUAGGAAACGGAGUGGUGCACGUGAUGAUUUUACAUUGAAUCUGCAGUGGAGCCUCGAAAAUUAUCCGCGGGUAACUCGAGACAUCAUCUCUUUCAGCAAUUUAUAACACGCCUAGUCUAUGAGCCACGUGUAGUACUUGCUAAUGACUGACUACACCCAGUAAAAAGAUUAAAGUUAUAUGUUACAUAUAACGUGUAAGCGGGCUACUACAAUCAUAGAUUAAAGAGGAAUAGAACCGGAUGAUCCGCAUUUCGGUUGACGUCAUGUAUUAUUGUAUAUGAUCAGGCCUCGAAAACCAGGCCACCAGGCGGCUAUACUGAAUUCAGGUCAUAGAAAUAAGACAUUAUGAUGAACCUAUUCCUAUGCUUGGCCUAUAACUAAAAAUUGUGAAAUUAUAACCUCUUCACCUCUGCAUAGAGGUACAUAAAUUAAUUAGCGUAAGUUGAUACUUGAAAUCAGCAACACAUGUUUUUCAAUCAACGCUCAUUACAAUCACUAAUGGAAUACUUCUUCUAGGUUAAAGCAUAGAUUGAAUAGGGAGAGGGAUUGGAAACGGAAGUAGCGUCAUGUUGAAUUUGCAGCAUGAGUCAAUCCGUGUUACGGUUGCUCAACACGCGGGAAACAAUGUUUCAUGAAUAAUGAUCACUACAAGAUAUUCAGAGCCCCCCUAAAAUGUCAUUCUCAUUCAAUUUUUAAUAAUAGGAAAAAGAGCAUGUAUACAUGUACAUAAUAAUUUAUUGGAAACAGUUUACAGUUGAUUAAAUUUGAGGGAUCAGGCCCUCUUCCGUUGCGAGAGU